AUGACUAGUACUAGUGGUAGCACUUCUUUGUAUCCUCCUGCUCAACAACCGCAACAGCAAUUACUAGGCAAUGAGAUCGAGCCUACGGCGACAAAUGCUAAUUUGGUCGCAGCACCAAACGGUCAAAACCACUACUCGUCCGGCUCCAUUGGACCCUUCUUUGCAGUCAUCUCUGUUCUUUUCUUUCUUGCAGUUCUCUCCUGCUUCUUGGGAAGGAUAUGCGCACGGAAACGACUCCAGAGAAGUGGUGUAGUGGCUGAAGUCAAUCCGUUGGAGAUGAUAAAGAGUCGUGGGCCUUUAGGGUGGCUGAGAAGGAAAUGGACACGGUGCUUGACCGGAGACGUGGAGGCUGGAGCUAAAGUUACCGACUGUACCGGAAAAGAGACGCCUAAAGAUGGUGAUCAGGCUCGUCUAGAAGCUCCUCCAGCUUGA